CUGUGGGGGCUGAUCCGCCAGGGCUUCAAGUGCCGCGACUGCGGCAUCAACGCGCACAAGCACUGCAAGGACCUGGUGGUGAUGGAGUGCCGGCCCAAGCAGCACGGCCAGCACGGCGGCCUGCACGGCCACGACGGCGCGUCCUCGCACCACUCGUCGAGCCACGCCAUCACGUCGCGCCGCCGCUUCCGCCGCAAGAAGAAGUCGUCCGUGUCCGAGUCCGAGUCGUCGCCGCCCAGCCCCAAGUACUCGGUGGCCUCGGUGGGCUCGCAGAGCUCGCAGGGGUCGCAGAGCUCCGGGCUGAGCUCGCUGCCGGGGCUCGGGCCGGGCUCGCUGGCCGGGGACCGCGAGGAGCAGAUCGAGGCGCUGGACUGCCCCGGCCAGCCGCUGCUCGGGGGGCAGCUGGGGACGCUCGGCGGCUCGCUGCCCUCCAGCCCCCAGCCCAUGGCCAUGUGGGGCCCGGGCCCGCGGAGAAAGAUCAGCGACUCGCUGCUCGUGCCCAACUCGCACGCCGCACACGCCCUGGGCCGGAGCCUCCGCGCGCAGAACAGCUGCCCGGAGACGUCGGUGCCGCUGUGCUGCUCGCGGCUCCACUCGCACGGGUACGGGUCCGGCGGCCCCGCCCAGGGCCUCGCCCACCACCGGGAGAGGGAGGUGGCCGUGUCGCACCUGGUGCACCCCCCCUCCACGUCACUGCUGCACUCAGCCACCAUCCACUCCCCACCGACGUCCCUCCUGCUGCACCAGUCGGGCGGCCCCGUCCUCGGGGGGACCCUGGGGAUGGCGGCCAGCCUCGGCGCACUGCCCGCCCCCCUAGAGCCCGCCGGGCUGAGCACGGUAGAGACCCUCCAGCACAAGCUGCAGGCGUCCGAGGAGCAACGCCACUGGCUGCAGCGCGAGAAUCAGAUGCUGAGCCAGCGCAUCGAGGAGCUGCUCCGCGAGAACCAGUCCCUGCGCGAUCAGAUGGGCCACGAGCGGGUCACCACGGCGGCCUACAUCAUGCGCCAGAUGGACACGAUGCACCUGCAGCGCGACACCCACGUGUAGCCCGGCGGCCUGGCUGCCCAUUUACCGGGAACGGCUUUCCUGUUACUCGUAAGACACACGUCACAGAAAUAACGCGCUGGGCGCUUAUGUAUAUUUUAACGAUGUUUCACAGUUGUGACCUGAAACUGAAUGUGCUGCACUAGCACGGCUUGAAUCUCGUCUUAUUGUUUAGGAGGAGGGAAUUCCCAGUCCCCCCAUAGUGAGACUGUUGUUUUAUUAUGGAUCUCGCUGGCGAGAUGUGGAGAAAGUGAGUUGUUGCUUUUCUCAACGUGAUGAGGUAUUCCCAAAGAUGUUCGGCAGGUAUGUGUGCUAAUUUAAGCCCCUAAUUUAACCAGUCAAUUUUUUCAGCGACGAGCUCCUUUCAUAUUGGAGUUCUGCGUUGAGUAUGAAUCUUAUCAAUUUCUUGCCCAUGAAUGCUAGGAGAGAACUGAUUACUCUCUGUUUUGAUGUGCCGCGCGAAGUACGUAUACGAUCUCACACUUAUGUAACAAGGUUUACAUUAAGGAUAUAGGGAAAUGGCAAUAUUCUCUGCACUAGUAUAAGCGUAGACUAUGUAAAAAGUAAUAGAGAAGGUUGUUUUUUAUACAUUAUAAACUUUCUUCUUAGUAUUUGACAUUUCGUCUCUUGCAUUCCUGAUAUGUUUAUUGACAUUUACUAGGAUUUUGCUUGAACCAGCUGGCUCAGAAUCUUUUCCAAAUAUUUUUAACUCUCCAGAUCUGAACAAAUCUUGAAAUUAUAGAUUGAGUUAUAUUUUAUGUGUCAUAAACGAUUGAUUAUGAAAGUAAUGUGAUAAAUUCCAGAAUGCACUUCUGCUCCCAAUGUGGUAUUUGAAAGAAGAAUUUAAAAUAGGGAAUUUAAGAGUGCUAAUUGUUAUAUUUUCUGAUGCAUCAUCAAGAGAACGAUUUUUUUAGCAUUUUAUUGAAAAAACUUGGGCUUUCAAUUGAGUGAGUAUUGAUAUCCGAAAGACAGUUAAUCUAUAUUGAUAAAACUACAGUGAUAGUAAAAAAAAUACAUUACUGUGUAAGGUGUGUAAAAGGGCUUUUGACCAGCAUUCUGUUCUGACAAGCGAAGUAUUAAAUGAGACCUGCUCGCACUUUUACAUUUCAAACAUUUUCUUAUAAAUUUGAUUACUUUAAAUGUAGCAAAGAUAUUUUUAAUCUUUUCAGCAAAACAAAUUUGAUGCAUGAUAUUUUUUAGAUAUUUUGAAACUUAUUUGACCGAAUCUAAAUCUCCAUAUCCCUCUUUUUGCCCCAAAUCUCUUAUAAGAGAUUAAGGCAAUGAGCUACUGUUCAAAUAUGUACAUUUUAAGACUAUAGUUUUGUAAAAUAUUUCGUAGAUGAGUGUGGUUUGUCUCUUACUCAUAAAUACUGUAUCCAUAUUUAAACAUUUUGACGGUUUGCAUUACUAUGAGUUAAUUCCUUUUUAACGGUUUCCGAUCCGUCUUCAGCCAGUUUCCAUCCGUUCUUGUGACUAUUUGUUAUUAUUUGCUUCUUUUGACAGUUUAGUUUGCUGUUGGACCAACGGUUUUAGUUCGGGACCAAGGAAAUUAGUUAGCAUGAGCUGAGGUUUGUACUUAAGUCAUGAUGUAUUUUUUGGUAUCCUUAUUGUCAUCCUAAAUUACAAUUUAUGUCUGAAACAUUUGUUUUACCGUCGUCGCCGCGUAAUUUAAUUGUAGAACAUUUGAGUGUUGUUACUUUUUAAAAGGAAUUUAUUAUUGAUAUUUUGAGGUAACAAUUGUGCAUUGAUGAGGACUUGUUUUCAACUAUCAGUUUUUUUAGCUCAUAUCAGACUUGUACAUUUUCGUGUUCAUAUUUUAAUUAUUUAGUAUAAACAUCAACAUUGGAUCAAACUGUGGGAGUAAAUGUUUGAAUUUUUUAUGGAGUGUCUGUGUAUUGACACAAAUGACAUUCAGAAUUUAAGGUGAGAAAAGUUGAUUUGGUGCACAUUAGAAGAAAAUGGAUCUGUAAAAUGUAACAUAAUACAUAAAUUUAACUUUGAAUCCAUGGCUACUACCAAGAUAAAAUUUCGUUAUAUUUGAAAAAUCAAAGCAAAACAUAAUCAAAUAAAUCCUAAGAGGACGACAAUGGAGAAAUAAUGGAUAAUUUGAACUUCCCUGCCCUGUUCCUGUAACGAAAGUACAAAUUAUAUUCAACCAGGUGUAUGUGGAUAUGAUAUGAAUCAUAAAGUGCAGUAAUAACAUGGGGUAAUAAAUUCUUCCAGUAUUCUCAUAUAUACUAUGUAAUUUUAAAACAUUACAUUGCUGUAGAUUUUUUCAGAGUAGCUUCCUGUCGUUUUUUUAAUAACUUGUUUGUGGCUAAAUCAUCAAUUAUAUAUUAUAUUUUUGUUUCACACCACAGGCAAACUCUGUUUCGAUGUUUCAAAGGCAACACUUGUUUUAAGGAUUAAAAGGAUUGGAAUCGUUUGAGUCAAGUGUUUCUCUGUGAAAGCUAGUUGAGUUUUUUUGAUCAUUGACCUGUUACCAAACGUAUCAUGCCAUAAACAAAUAAAGUAGGUACAUGUGAAA